AUGUCGAAACAUAAGCCACAAGCCGAUCAUAUAACAACUACAAAGACGGCCAACGUCAACCCCAAUUCGCUCCCAGGUCUUCCAGCCGAACUACUUCUGACCAUAGCAGAUUGCCUGGACAGCGGACUAGAUCGCCCGUACAGCGGACUCGACGACAUCAACCGUUUGGCACAGACCAACAUCUAUCUAUACUCUGUCCUGAAUGACUACAUUUAUCGUUUCGAAAUAAAGCACAACAAUGGCCUGGCUCUACUCUGGGCCGCAGAAAACGACCGAGAAGCUACUCUCCUCCGGAUGCUCUCCUUGGGCGCAGACGUCAACACCACGGAGGGUCCAAACAUGAUAUGGGCCCACUGGACGCCCCUGCUCUACGCCGCCAAAGAAAACCAUCCAUCAAUCGUGAAGAUUCUCCUCUCCCGCCCGGACAUCGACGUCAACGCCAGACUUCCAGAGUCCCAACAGACCGCUCUCUCCAUCGCAUCCCAAGAAGGCUGGACGAACGUCGUCUCCCUCCUCAUAGCUCACCCAUCCACUGACCUCGAAGCCACCGAGGGCAAGCACGGGCAAACCCCCCUCUCCCUUGCCGCCGAGAGAGGCUACGAUGACAUCGUCGCCCUCUUCCUAAACAACACGACCGCCGACCCAGACCCCCCUUCCACCUCAACCGGCCAAACCCCGCUCUCCUACGCCGUCCACCACGGCCACCUCGACGUCGUCUCCCUACUCCUCGCCUCCCCAUUCGUAGACCCGCACUCCAAGGAUACGCAAUUCGGCUGCACGCCCCUAAUGUGGGCCUCACGCUGCGGCUAUGUCCCCAUCGUGACCCUUCUCCUCUCUGCCCCGGGCCUCGAAAUCGACUACGCCGACACAGACCGCAUGCUACGACGGCCACCUCCAGGCCGCCCACUACCUCCUCGACGCAGGCGCCGACCCAAAUGCCCCCGGGAGCAAAACCUACGGCACCGCGUUGCAGAUCGCAGCAUGGAAAGGGCAUUUCCCCCUCGUCAAGCUCCUCCUCGAAAGUGGCGCCGACGUCCACGCCAAAGCGUCAUUCUACGGCACGGCGCUCGAGGCGGCGGCGAGGGGGAGCACGGUGGGGAAUGUCAAGGCGAGAAAGAUGCUGGCUGA